AUGUCUGAGUUACAAGAAGAAAUUAAACAAACUGUAUUGUCAGUAAUACCAGGCCUUCCUGAGGAGCGACUCAAUCCGUUAGUUGAGAAACUUAUAGGCCUAGGAGUAGAGAGUUUUGAAGAUUUAGUGUAUGUGAAAGAAGAGGACAUCUUAGAGUUCAUACAACCUAUCCAGUGCCGAAAACUGCUCAAUGCCUGGAAACAUCACGAACAAAAAAGCAGCAUUUUGGCUCAGCAACUUGUUCAAGCAAGCUCUCCUCAACAUUCACCACAAACAAGCUCCUCAGGCUCCUCUGUAAGUAGCAUGGGAUAUUCUGCAUCUUCUACCAGUGUGUCUCCUGUGUUUGUUACCUGGCCUGAAACCUUCCAAGUACCCUGGGACUCAAUGCCAACUGGUAUACAAAUGGCUAUUGCAAAUUGCCAGAGACCUUCACCUGCUGACCGAAGACAAAUGAUAAGGGUCCUUGCUGAUGAAAUAAGAAAACAUGAAUCAAAUCCCACCAGAUCACAAUGCCUUAUAGUUGUUCGCCAAAUAGUCAAGCAGUAUCCAAAGAGUUUUGCAGACAUGAUUGGUGACAAGCAGAUUGCAGGUGGAUAUGCUUCUCUUCUGUCACAGCUCAAAGUGCGCAUAGAGCAUCUGAACCGGAGCAACACACUAAGUCAUCGGAUCCAGAGUAAUGAGAGUGGAACCAUUAAAAAGAGAAGCACCACAGACUCCUAUGGUUGCACACGAUGGGAGCCUGAACUUCCAGCUGGUGAAAGUUAUGACAGCCUUGAAGUGAAGCGUCAAAGAAUGGAGGAGAUAUUUCUUCAUGAGGGAAGCACUGGAGCAGACAGAGGAGAAGUUCGUAAGUUGAUGGAGGAAACAUAUUGCUACCAGCGUCGAAUGAUAAAUGCCAUCCCGUCUCCUACCAUUGCCAAUUUGAAAAUAAAAUGGCCAUACCUCUUCAUGCAGAGGUAUAUGAAUAGUCAUUUUGAACUACUCACUGACAGAAAUGUCCUCAGCCAUUUGGAAAUGUCAUUUAAAGAAUGUGGGAAACUCAUUACUGAGUAUUUUAAAGCCAAGCCAACUAAUACCAUUGUUCAGAAUGUCCUAACCAGGGGUGAAGAGGAUGUGGCUGCCUGUGUCUUGCAGCUACUCCUUGCACAUUUUGAGGAGAAAAUGGAUGGGCUCAUCCUUCAAACAGAUGCAUUUGCCACAUCAGCAGACAUCCACGGAACACUCAACUUGCCUGGCAGUCCUCGACUGAUAAUUCUUGGUACGUAA